UAAAAUAAGUGUUGAUAAGUCCCUUGAGUAUACAGCGUAUAAGCUAAAUAAAUAAAGAUUGAAGUAGGAGAGCAAGUGGUGGGCGGAGAGCGCAUGCGCGGCCUCCUCACUUGUGAGAGCCACCAACCCAAACAUCUCACACCAGUCGAGACUGAACCAUGGUGCGCGGUGGUUGACGCUGGCUCCUUUAUCGUAUAUGGAAUUUGUGUGUUGUGUUUCUGUCGACUUUUGGUAAAUGUAACGUUAUAGAUUUCGACAAUGGGAGGUGCAGAAAGCAAGUGCAUUGGGGACAGGGGAGGGGAGCCCGUGACGAGAAAUAAUGGCGUUCACAGUUCAGUUGGAGUGGCGACGCUGACAAAGGACAAGUUACCCAUGCCGGACACUGAGGAACUAGAACGUCGCUUUACUAAAGUUCUGGCAUCGAUGGACCUGCCGCCGGACAAGGCCAAGUUGCUGAAGCAGUAUGACGAGAUGAAGAAGUGGGACAUGAUCUGCGACCAAGAGCGUGUCAGCGCCAAAGACCCACCAGCUCAUUACCUCAACAAGCUCAAGACCUACCUCGACCCCAAGGCAUCCAGGUCUAGCAGGAAAAGGAAAAUGGUGGGGGAAUCAACAUCUACUCAGGUUCUAAGAGACCUGGAAAUCUCCCUCAGAACAAACCACAUAGAAUGGGUGCGGGAAUUUUUAAAUGAAGAGAACCGAGGACUUGAUGUUUUAGUGGAUUAUCUUACCUUCAGACUCAUGAUGCUCCGACAUGAGCAGAGGAUACGAGAAAGUUUAGAAGAGGAAGAGGAGGCAAGAAAUCUCAAUGGACAACUUAAACCCUCUUUAGAAAUAGACUCCCCACGAAUGAAGAGGGCUUCACGUCAUGUUCAGAAACUGAAUAUGGGAGACUCCAAAGAUGAUAUCCAUGUCUGUAUUAUGUGCAUGAGAGCGAUUAUGAAUAACAAGUAUGGCUUUAACCUGGUGUUUGAGCACCGUGAAGCUAUCGGGUGCAUCGCUCUCAGUCUAAAUCACAGAAGUUUACGGACAAAAGCUCUUGUCUUAGAACUCCUAGCAGCCAUCUGUUUAGUCAAAGGUGGCCAUGAAAUUAUACUUAAUGCCUUUGAUAACUUCAAAGAUGUUUGUGGCGAGUCUCAGCGCUUCCAGACCCUCAUGGCAUAUUUUUCCAACUAUGAGUGCUUCCACAUAGAAUUCAUGGUAGCAUGUAUGCAGUUUAUCAACAUAGUAGUUCACAGUGUGGAGGAUAUGAAUUUCCGUGUACACCUUCAAUAUGAAUUCACACAACUCGGUAUAGAUGACUUUUUAGAGAAGUUGAGACAUCACGAAAGUGAAGAAUUACAGAUUCAAAUAUCUGCGUAUCUAGACAAUGUGUUUGAUGUUGCAGCGCUCAUGGAGGACAGUGAAACUAAAACAGCAGCAUUAGAAAGGGUAGCAGAAUUGGAAGACGAAUUAGCUCAUAUGGCAGAACGAAUGUCUGAAAUGGAAGCUGAAUCUUUAGCAAAAUUAGUCGAAUUAGAGGGCGAAUUGGUUGACAUGCGCAGACAAAAGGAGGAGUUGGAGAAUAUUCAUUGUCAGGUUCAAGAGGAGGUGUCAACUCUACGGAGAGAAGUCAAUCAGAAAAGUGAAGAAUCUCGUCAAAGACAAUCGAUGUUGGAAAAACAAAUCCUAGAGCUUGAAAAUCUUGCAAGAUCAAGUCCAAGUGGUGUAGAAAGAUCGGGCACUGAAGCACUGGCUCCUGCACCUCCACCCCCACCACCACCACCACCAGGUGUGUCUAGUUUCUUUGCUCCACCACCGCCACCGCCACCUCUGGGAUGUUCCACACCACCUGCGCCACCAAAAUUGCCGAUGGGAAUGAGCAGUGGACUGCGACCACCACCUCCAGCACCUGGAAUGAACUUGGUUGCUCCACCUGACUCGAUGACGAUAAAGAAGAAAGUUAACACGAAGUAUAAGCUACCGACACUCAAUUGGGUCGCUCUGAAGCCCAAUCAGGUACGAGGAACAGUUUUCAAUGAACUUGAUGAUGAAAAACUGUUUAAUGUCAUUGACUUCCUAGAAUUUGAAGAACAUUUCAAAAUCGGUUUAGGAGGAGGUUCUGGCAAAGCCAAUGGAGAUGUUUCAGAGGUUGAUUCUCUACACGCUUUUGGUAGUAAAAGAAUUAAGAAGCUAGAAUUAACUUCUCUGAUGGAACAUACCCGCUUAAGAAAUAUUGCCAUCUCUCGAAGAAAACUGGAUCUUCCAUUUGAUGUUGUGAGCAAGGCUGUGAAUUCCUUGGAUCUGAAGACGCUUAAUGUAGAUAGUGUGGAAUUGCUUCAACGAAUGGUUCCUACUGAUGCAGAGAUUAAAGCGUAUCGUGAAUAUGAGAGAGAACGGAAGCCUGUAAAUCAACUAACAGAGGAGGAUCAAUACAUGUUACAGCUCAGUAAAGUUGACAGACUGUCUACCAAACUUCAGAUAAUGAGUUUCAUUGCUAACUUCUUCGACAGUGUGCAUAUCGUCACACCACAAGUCCAUGCUAUCAUCACAGCGUCCAGAUCUGUCAAAAACAGCAAUAAGUUAAGAAGAAUGCUUGAAGUUAUUCUUGCAUUUGGUAACUACAUGAACAGCAGUAAACGCGGACCAGCGUAUGGAUUUAAACUGUCAAGUCUGGACACUUUAUGUGAUACCAAAUCGGCAGACAAGAAGAUGAGCUUGCUGCAUUACAUCCAAGACACUAUACGUCUUAAGUUUCCUGAGCUCAAUAAUUUUGAAUCUGAUCUAAGAUUUAUUGAAAAGGCUGCACAGGUAUCCUUGGAAAAUAUUAUUACCGACGUGAAUGAAUUGGAAAAGGGAAUGGAACAAGCUAAGAAAGAACAUGAUCGUUAUCGGGACAUGCGGAGUGCUGAAGGGCAUGCUGCAGUAGCCGUGUUGAAAGAAUUCUUGUGUAACUCGGAGGAUAAACUCAGAAAGCUAAGAGCAGAAGCCAAGACAGCCCAGACCUCAUUUGCCGAGGUGUUAGAAUAUUAUGGCGAGAGCUCCAGAAGUAUGGCACCUAACACAUUUUUUGCCAUCUUUGUGCGGUUCUCUAAAGCUUACAAGGUUGUUGAGCAAGAAAAUGAACAAAGAAGAAGAUUGGAGGCUGCCAGCAGAGCAGCAGCUCUCAACCAACAGAAGCAACAGCAGCAACAGGAAGAACGCCAGCAGGUGGCACGUAACAAUAAAAUAAAUGUUCGUAAGCAACAGGGAUAUGGAGGCGAGGAGGCAAUAAUGAGCGAGAUGAAAGCUCGCGGCGUGGUUGCUGACAAGAGGCUUCUCUCGCAAGAGGAUGUUUAUCAUGGAGCAUUGGAAGAUAUCCUAAUUGGGCUUAAAAAUGAACCAUAUCGGCGUGCUGAUGCUGUUCGCAGAAGUCAACGCAAGAGAAAUGAAAAUGUCAGGCUGUCUCGCACCCUUGAUGAAAUGGAGUUUUAAGUACAGUAUUGUGGUUAAACUGCACAAACUUUGUCAGUUAAUAAUUUGUACUUUUUCCUUGUUAAAUAAAACUGCUGUGGCUGCUGAUAUCAGUCAUACUUAUGUAGUAAAGAACAUGGGGUGACCUUUACUUUGACUGAUCAUACUCCAGUGCAAUAAUGUGUGAAUGUAAGCAAAAUUGACAUACAUAUUGCAAUGUGUGGGUUAUUCCCUAUGAACCCUGAACCAAAUACUUGUAUAUAAAAACUUUGUAUAAAACAAGAUUUAAGUACUGCUAAUCCAGUUUUAAUAGUUAGGUAUACUUUUUGGACAUUUUGCAAGCUAUCAUAUUAUUUUCAGGUCUUAGAACUCAAAACUUUAGAAACGAUAAGUUUUAAGCAUUACAUAUGUAUGCACCUUCUCAUUAGAUAUAUCUAGCAUUCCAUCUUCACGAACUGCUGUAUAAUGCACGUUGUUUCUUAUACCUUAUGUAUUAUACAGUGAUUAAACAAUUGUUACCACUGAAGGUAGUCGACUUCAUUGCCAUUAGUCUUUGAAUGGCUUUCCAUCUGCUAAUUACUUGCUACUCUUAUUCAUUUGGUAGCCACAAUAUUAUAUUGUAGCUA